AUGGCUCCUACACUACACACCCAACGCAUCGUACCUACAGAUUCAUCACUGACACAGCCUCAACAUCUGACUGGAACGGCGUCUCCGUAUACACUGAUCCAAGUAGGUCAUAGAAGUGACUCACGGGCUCAAUUUGCUCCGCAUACAAACACGUACGAUGCUGACCCUAGGCCUAGGUCGAAUAGACGGCGUGCGCCGACGAUCGUUACCCAAUGCACGGCCGACUUGGCUGAAUUGAGUGAAGAGGAUAAGACAUUGCGUGAGUGGAAGAGGUGGAUGGCGAGUAACAAGGACCCCGCUAAAGAAGCUAUCGAUGACUGGCGUACGGUGGAACUUCGCCUCGUAAGUAGUUGUUCCGAUCUCCGGGCUCGUUUCAAACUUGAUGGGGAACUCGCUGUGAACAAAGUGAGGGAUAGAACAUGCGAGCCCUCUUCCCACAAUUUCGGCCACGGGUUUGAUCGUGAUGGCUUUUACGGCCGGGUUGAUAACUUACUGAGACCAAGAACCAUGACGGUCACGAAUUCAAAAACGGGCGAGAAGAAGGUAGUGCGUUUGGAUCAUCACAUGCGUCCUGUUCUUCGUACUGAGGAGGAGAAGGAGAGUUCUGAGACUGAUAGUGACGAUCUUUGGUCGCAAAUUGCUCGCGACCGGAAAUAG